AUGGCUCGAUUUUCAAUCUUGGACCUGUGUCCCGAUUUAGCUGAAGCUGAGAAGACUAACGAUUUUCAGAUCGGUGAGUUUGAUGUACUUUCAAAUAAGAUAAUUUGAAAUAGGAAUAGGGCGGAGAUUUUUUGUCUAAAAAAAACCAAACCUUUUUUCUGCUUAUUCUUUUUGUUUCAUAACUCACUUUUUCAUGCAUUUUCUUUAGUUGCACUUUCUCUAAUUUUCUUUUCUUUUUAAAAAAUAAGUGAUUUUUUUCAAAAGUCAAAGCAUAAUUUGAUACAGAAGCAACAAGCUUGUUUAUGUAUUCAUAUAUGUAUAAAUAAAUGUAUAUAAAUAAAUAAUCGUAGAUUACUGUAAGCGCUGCUGUUUGCCUUGCGGCACUUGUUGUCGUCGCAAAUUUGAUUGAUGUUUGCCGUCAUUUUGUGCAUUACACAAAAAUGAAACCGCAACGCAGAAAAAAUUCGGAGAAAAAAAUGAGAUUGUUUUUCUUCCAGAUCAGUCAAAUCUCAGUGAUCCGUCGUGUUCAUCAAUUGAAACGAUGUCAAAUCCAACGUUGAGUCCAGUUGUUAUCAAAACUGAAGGUGAAGAAGAAAUGGAAGAUUAUUUGUUGGAUGAAGGAAUUGAUGAGGAAAGAUCGGAAAGCGGAUCGAGCUCGGAUAAAGAUGACGCAUCCAAAUCGCCAAAGAAAACAGGAUCACCAACUGACAAACCCCCAUUCUCAUAUAACGCAUUGAUUAUGAUGGCAAUCAAGAACAGUCCAGAAAAAACGGUAAGUUUAUUUUUGAUUACUUGAAUCAAUCAUGUUUUCAUUUCCUAUUGAUACUAAUAACUAUAAAUUUCGAUUUUCAGCUUGACACUUGCUGGAAUCUACGACUACAUAAUGUCAAACUAUCCAUUCUAUCGCGAUAACAAACAAGGUUGGCAAAAUUCGAUUCGCCACAAUCUGUCGCUGAACAAAUGUUUUGUCAAGGUUCCGAGAAGUUUUGACGACCCAGGCAAAGGUGAGUUAUCGAUCAGUUGUUGUCAACAUGACAAACAAUUUUUGAGUUGUUUGUUUAGGGUUACUGUAGCUUCAUUUGAAUAUAUACAUUUGUACAUACACAUAUACAAGGUUUAUGUGCAAAAUAACUGACUCAUUUAUUUCCAGGUAACUAUUGGAUGUUGGAUGCUACUUGUGAAGAUGAAGUCUUCAUCGGCGGCGCUACUGGAAAACUUCGUCGUCGACCUUCGAGUAUGACUCGCGCACGUAUGGAUGCCUAUAAACAAUAUGGCGCUGCCGCCGCUACACUUUUCCCCAACUAUUUCCCACCACAAAUCCCAUCGCUCCCCAGAUUCCCACCAAAUGCCCCACCACCACCCCCACCGUUUAUGCAUCGCCCAAUAAUUCAAUUACCCCCAAUGUUCUCGCAACAAGACAUUUUGCAAAUGUAUUUGCAACAGCAACCUAACUUUUUUAACAAAUUGCAACAACAGUAG